CUGGAGCGAUCAGGAGAAUGUUCUGCAGGGCUGCGAGAGAGAGGUAGAGGUUCGCGUCUCUUCUUGCCUCUUCUGUUCCCUCUCUUCUUUUAACGUCGAAGAAGGUUGUUUAGAGCCGCGCUCCAACAAAGGUUUCUGAAAAAUUGAGAAAUAAUGCAAACUAAAUAUGUUGUUAUCCUUUGAGAUGGAGAAGAAUUUAACAGAAGAUGACUGCGUGGAUUCAGGAGCAGAGACUGGAGGGUCUGAUUACAGUCCCAUGUCUUCAGAGAGCAGUGAGUUAUCCAUGGUGGAGCUGCAGGAUCCCUUCCUUGUCAGUGUUCACCUCAUUACUGACCCGGGCCAGGCCAAGUCCCUGCAGCAUGCUGCCGACACUGUCCUGGCCUGGGUCCACCCUGAACUGCAGCUCUUCCGCGUCUCCGAGAGAGCCGCCUGGCAACAAAAACCCAAGCGCCAAUCAUGUCAUGCUUCGGCAUCUUUUUCAGCCAAUCACGGCCCUCCGCAGUGCCAGCCAGCGCUGGCCGUCAUCCUCUUCCUGCAGGAGCAGUACGGGGGUGAGGAUCAGAUCAUGACGUUACACCGUGCUCUCCAGCGCCCCCCCUGGCACUUCCACCACACCGAGAGGGUCAACAACGGCCGUAGGAUGCUCCCGCUUACUCCCUGCAGCCAAGACUUCUUCACCUUGGCCCCGGGGACUCCUCUGUGGGCGGUUCGCCAGGUUCACUACGGCAAAGAGAUUGUACGCUUCACAGUCUACUGCCGUUACGAGAGCUUCCGGGAUAUGGUGCGCAUGUACCGGAUGAUCCUCCAGAGGAAGCUGGCCCAGAGGAAAGAAGACUUUUGUUUUUUCGUGGUGUACUCCAACCCGGAUACCGAGAUCCAGCUGUCAUUCAAGCGGUUGCCGAGGGGCCAGAGCCCCGCUCCUACGGAGUCGGCGGUGAUAGAGAUGAGGGUGAGGGACGUUGGGGCGUUGGUGCCCCUCCUGCCGUACCCCUGUACCCCCAUCAGUGAGGUACGCUGGCAGACUGAAGACUACGACGGGAAUAAGAUACUGCUGCAGGUCCUGUGUGCACGCUACAAACGUAGACAUACUAUCGACCAGCCAGGAGACUCUGCCUCCUCGCCGCUGCCCACUGACCCAGCCAUGACUCUGCCCUCAGCGGGCACAUAUGGCCGGGGACCUGCCUCCUACAGGAACCGGCGCUACCACCGUACCUCGUCCCGCUCCCGGACCCAAACCCUGCCCCUGCCACAGACCCAGAACCAGACCCAAUGCAGGUCCAGCCAGGCCUCACAAACCUCCCUUUCCUUGGCCUGUGAAGAGGAGGAAAUGGAGAUGGGGGCUCGCUCUAAAUCCUGGAGGACCGGUCGAACCCGCUCUCUGUUCUCCCUGCCCAGCCUGGCAGGGUUCACCGGCUCUCGCUCCCGCUCUGCCGGGUCCUCCCCCGGUACCUCACCCAGCCCUACCAACCACAGAAGCCACUCCCACUCCCUUAGCUCCUCCCUGGUCCCGCCCUUCCGUCUCAACGUGGAUGCUCUGAUUGGUGCGGAGGAGACGGAUGUGGACACAGGGAUUAAAGUGGAUGCAGGCAGCAUUGUUGACCUGUCUGUAGUGUCUGCAUACUCUAGGAGUCGCAGACCCACGCCACCACGCCCUCUCUCUGCACCUCCGCGGGACCCAACCUCCUCCCCAUCCCACGCCAACGUCAAGCCCAAGGCGUCAACGCUAGGCCGCCCUCCUGUUCCCAUGAGAACCAGCAGCCUGGCCUCCUCCAAUAGCAUACCUUCCACCCUGCAGCGGCCACGCCCCAACAGCGCUUUCUUGCCCCUGAGUGGCCAGCCUUCCCUGAGGGAUCCCAUCACGCGCAGCCAAUUGGACAGCUCUAACAGCAUUAUUGGGGUGGUGUCUCAGAACAGGUCUGGCAAGGAGGUCGGGGUGGAGGACGACGACCAGGAGUUCUAUAUCUGACCAGUUAGUGGCGCUAGAGAGACACUCCAGCCAGCAGGAAGGGACAGGGACACUGAGUGACAACACAGCUCUUUUCUGCUCUGCCACCUGGGGGCUGGUUUAAGUCAGUGCAGAGGACAGUACAGUGGCUGUAGAUAGACGCUUCAUUCAACUUCUUCAUGAAAUCUUUCUCACUUUGUGUUUCUACAUAGUUUCUAACUAGAUGUUUGUGCUACUUGUUAUUUAAUCAAGUUGUGGUAUAAAUGUGUAGCGCUUACUGAGAUGGCUUAAAAACGCAUUGCAGACUACUCAUAUUUAAAACAGAGAUGAAACCAGACCUAUUGGACAUAAAUUAGAUUUAAAACAGAGAUGGUAUGAAACUAUUGGACAUAAAUUAGAUUUAAAACAGAGAUGUUAUGACACCAGACCUAUUGGACAUAAAUUAGAUUUAAAACAGAGAUGGUAUGAAACUAUUGGACAUAAAUUAGAUUUAAAACAGAGAUGGUAUGAAACCAGACCGAUUGGACAUAAAUUAGAUUUAAAACAGAGAUGUUAUGAAACUAUUGGACAUAAAUUAGAUUUAAAACAGAGAUGUUAUGAAACUAUUGGACAUAAAUUAGAUUUAAAACAGAGAUGUUAUGAAACUAUUGGACAUAGUUCUAACAGGACACGGCAGCUAUACGACAGUGGAGUUUCUGGCUCUAUCUCAAUUCAACUAUCCUUGAUUCCUCUCUCCUCACCUCCUUCUCAACGGUAUUGGAAGAGAAGGGCCAAGGUUCUUCUCCAAUCCGUUUAGCGAAAAGAAACUUGAGGAGAGAGGAUGUGAGGAAUCGAGGAAACCACCAAAUGAGAAAAGUACCCCUGAUUCUGACACUUUUGGUGCAGUGGGUCCCUCUGGUGGUGAUAUUGUAAUUGACGGCUAAACAGAAUCUAGUUUAAAGUAGUAGUAGUCGGUAAUAUGGAAUGCUUUUGAUUUUAACUGAUUAUUUCUAUGUUCACCAAACUUUUUAAUAUUGAUUAAAACAUCAGAUUAUGUAUGAAUUAAUAAAAAUAAAUACAAAAAUGAAUGAUUUUAUGUGAACAGGGUCCCUUUAAGGUGAUAUAACAGUGAGGCUGUGUGAACAACACACAAUACAGCCUGUACUGUAUUAAGGUAAGGGAUGGUUUUAACACGCACUCAGUAUGACUUAAAGACAAAGGCUUGUUUUAGCUAAAAUUACACUGCAACAUGUUGGCUCUCAGUGUUGGCUGGUCCCUGUGAGGACUUUACCAGGUGUGACUCUCCUUAAGCGGCCGAUGAGCCUGAACAGAGGAAAUCCCACAUUGCCUUUCUUCAUAUGGACAUCAUGGCGAGGUCUCCGUGAGCUCUGCAGAGGUGAUGUCAUCGCUGGCCAAUCAGAAAAGACAGUUGUGUAAUCCAUUGUUCCACGGUUCAGGUUAUCCAUAGUGUCUCAGGUUUUGUUGUGUGUUUCUCUGUGUCUCUGUUUGUCUGUGUGUGUUUGUUUCUUUCUGUGUGUGUGUUAUUUAAUUUUUUAAAUUGUGUGUUUGUAUCUGUGUGUGUGUGUCAAAUCAAAUCACAUACACAUGGUUAGCAGAUGUUAUUGCGAGUGUAGCGAAAUGCUUGUGCUUCAAGAUCCGACAGUGCAGCACUAUCGAACAGGUAAUAUCUAACAACUCCACAACAAAACCUAAUUUCUAACCAAUUCCACAACAAAACCUAAUUUCUAACCAAUUCCACAACAAAACCUCAUUUCUAACCAAUUCCACAACAAAACCUCAUUUCUAACCAAUUCCACAACAAAACCUCAUUUCUAACCAAUUCCACAACAAAACCUAAUUUCUAACCAAUUCCACAACAAAACCUAAUUUCUAACCAAUUCCACAACAAAACCUAAUAUCUAACAACUCCACAACAAAACCUAAUUUCUAACCAAUUCCACAACAAAACCUAAUAUCUAACAACUCCACAACAAAACCUCAUUUCUAACCAAUUCCACAACAAAACCUAAUUUCUAACCAAUUCCACAACAAAACCUAAUACACACAAUCUAGUAAAUGAGAUGGGAUGAGACUAUAGAAGUAUAAAUAUAUGGAUAAGCAGUGACAGAACAGCUAAGAUGCAAUAGAUAGUAAAGAAUAGAUAUUGAAGGAUACAGUGUACAGUAUAUACAUGUAAUAUGAGACAUGUAAUAUGAGACAUGUAAUAUGAGACAUGUAAUAUGAGACAUGUAAUAUGAGACAUGUAAACAUUAUUAAAGUGACAUUAUUACAUAACAUAAA